AUGUCCCCUCAUAAAUUUAUUGCCGAGCUUCCUCUUUCUUCCUCCGAAAUAAUAUGCCCGGACUCUCCACGUUACGGAUUAGAGAGUUGCACUUGGGCAGCCCAGAAAGAUUUGAAGCCUAAAAUCAUCGCUCGGCCCUGCACUACUUCGUCUCUCGCAACUUUACUUUGUUUUUUGUCAAGUACUGAUCUGGAUUGGGCGAUCCGAAGUACUGGGGUGGGGUCCUCAUCUGCCAGCGAUGUACUAAUCUCGUUGUCUGCUUUUGACAAAUUCGAAUACAACGCAGAAGAACAGACCGUGGCUGUUGGUGCAGGGCAAACCUGGGGAGAAGUUGAUGGAAAAAUCGAGGAAAAUGCUCCUGGUCAUGCUGUAGUUGGUGCUCGCUGCACAUACGUUGGCGUUGGCGGCUCCAUACUUGCAGGCGGAAUAUCUUGGCUCUCAUCCGAAAAAGGCCUUGGUGCUGACCCGCACAAUAUGCUAGACGCAAAGGUCGUCUUGACGGAUGGCAGGAUUUUGUGGGCGUCCACUGAGCCGGAAUUACUGUGGGCAUUGAGAGGUGGCGGGGGCAGUUUUGGAGUAUUGGUAGAGGUCAAACUACGAGUUUACCCCUACCCGGACAAAAUAUAUUCUGGCCAAAUAUCCUAUCCAAGGUCGGCAUUCUCUGUCGUCGCAAAGGCCAUUUCAAGAUUCACUGCGGAAUGUAAGGAUCCAAAGAUGGCAAUGCACAUUUUCCCCCUCGAUCUUAGCCAAGGUCAUUAUACGGGCGAGAGUCCAAAGCCGGGUAUUGGCCUUCAAGUUUUUGACGCACAUGGAGAAACACACGGGAGAAGUACAGUGGGAUUCCGCUGGGCUUUGGAUAUUGAAGGUGCCAUCGAUGGAACCAGAUCCAUGACAAUUCGACAGUGCAACCAAAUUUGGGGUAAACACACGAAAAUGCCGAUGCUGUGGUAUGAAUGA